AUGUCAUCCCAGCAGCAGCAAUGCUCCUCCCAGCAGCCUCAGCAGCAGCAGGUGAAACAACCCUGCCAGCCACCCCCAGUCAAGUGCCAGGAGCCAUGUGCUCCCCAAACAAAGGAUCCAUGUGCUCCUCAAACCAAGAACCCAUGCCCACCCAAGGGCACGAUUGUACCAGGCCAGCAGAAGUGCCCACCUGCCCAGCAGCCCAAGCAGAAGUAA